CACAUGUGGAAAAAAGAGAAGUCGGGGCUUCACCGUGCAACGUGAAAGAGGGCCGGGGAAACAAGAGGGGAGACUUAGCCGAUCCAAAGGCAUGGAGCGGUCUGUUCUAGCCGUGAUCUGUGCCUUGCUUCUCGGGCUACUUGACUAUGCAAUCGCAGCGGAACAGAAAACCAUCGCCCCAGAGAACCUGCUGGUCAUCACUGCCGCCACAGAGGAGACUGAUGGCUUCAAGAGGUUCAUGCGAUCGGUCAGGGAGUUCAACUACACUGUGAAGGUGCUGGGCCUGGGUGAGGAGUGGAAGGGCGGUGAUGUUGCUCGGACGGUCGGUGGCGGUCAGAAGGUCCGCUGGCUGAAGAAGGAGCUGCAGAAGUACAGCGAGCGCCAGGAGCUGGUCAUCCUGUUCGUGGACAGCUAUGACGUGAUCCUGGCCAGCGGGCCACAGGAGCUGCUGUGGAAGUUCUCCCGGAUUGGUCACCGUGUGGUCUUCUCCGCUGAGGGCUUCUGCUGGCCCGACCAGAGGCUGGCGUCCAAGUACCCGCCCGUCUACACCGGCAAGCGCUACCUCAACUCCGGAGGGUUCAUCGGCUACGCCCCUGAUCUCAGCGCCAUCGUUCGGCAGUGGAAGCACAAGGACAACGACGAUGACCAGCUCUUCUACACCAAGAUCUACCUGGAUAAGGCCCAGCGGACCAAGUUCAACAUGACCCUGGACCAUCGCUCUCGCAUCUUCCAGAACCUCAAUGGAGCUAUUGAGGAGGUGGUGCUAAAAUUUGAGAAGGCUCGUGUCCGUGCCAGGAACGUGGCCUACGACACCCUCCCCGUCGUCAUCCAUGGCAAUGGACCCACCAAGCUGCAGCUGAAUUACCUGGGGAACUAUGUCCCGACAGCGUGGACACAUGAGACUGGCUGCGGCAUCUGCGAUGACGACCUGCUGGACCUGAGUGAAGUGCCGGACGAGGAGAUGCCAAUCAUCCUGAUCGCCGUGUUCAUCGAGCAGCCCACACCCUUCCUGGAGGAGUUCCUGGAGAGGCUAACCACCUUCAACUACCCCCUGAGCAGACUGAGGCUCUUCAUUCACAACAAUGUGGUCUACCACGAGCAGCACAUCCAGAAGUUCUGGGACCGCCACCGGGCCCUAUUCCCAGACACCCGGGUCGUGGGGCCAGAGGAGAACCUGCAGCACGACCAGGCCAGAACCAUGGCAGUGGAGGCAUGCCGGGAUGACCCCACUUGUGAUUACUACUUCAGCAUCGACUCUGAUGUGGCCAUCACCAACCCAGACAUCCUGCGGAUCCUGAUUGAGGAGAACAAAUCGGUCAUCGCCCCUAUGCUGUCCCGCCAUGGGAAGCUGUGGUCCAACUUCUGGGGCGCGCUGAGCCCAGAAGGGUUCUACUCCCGCUCUGAGGAUUACAUCGACAUUGUCCAGGGCAAGCGUGUCGGGCUGUGGAACGUGCCCUACAUCACUCAGGUGUACCUGAUCCGAGGGUCCACACUGAGAACGCGGCUGAGCCAGGUCAGCCUGUACAAACAGGAGGGGAUGGACCCCGACAUGGUGUUCUGCAGAGCGGUGCGAGACCAGGGAGUGUUCAUGUUUGUGUCGAAUAGAGAUGAUUUUGGGCGACUGGUCUCCUCCACCAACUACAAUAUCAGCCGACUGCACCCUGACUUGUGGCAGAUCUUCGACAACCCUGUGGACUGGAGGGAGAAGUACGUCCAUGAGAACUACUCUAAGAUCUUCGAUGAGGAUGAGAACAUUGUGGAGCAGCCCUGCCCGGAUGUGUACUGGUUUCCAGCCUUCUCAGACAGGAUGUGUGAUGAGCUGGUGGAGACCAUGGAGGACUUUGGCCAGUGGUCUGGAGGGAAGCACAAGGACGAGCGCCUGUCUGGGGGUUAUGAGAACGUGCCUACGGUGGACAUCCACAUGAACCAGAUCGGCUAUGAGAAGGAGUGGCUCAAAUUCCUCAAGGAGUACAUUGUCCCUGUCACCGAGAAACUCUACCCUGGCUACUAUCCCAAGGCCCAGGCCGUGAUGAACUUUGUGGUGCGAUACCGGCCUGACGAGCAGCCCUCCCUGCGGCCCCACCACGACUCGUCCACCUUCACCGUCAACAUCGCCCUCAACAGCAAGGGCAAGGACUUCCAGGGUGGGGGAUGCAGGUUCCUGCGCUACGACUGCAAAGUAGAGGCUCCCCGAAAGGGCUGGUCCUUCAUGCACCCCGGCCGCCUCACGCACUACCACGAGGGGCUGCCCACCACCCAGGGAACGCGCUACAUCAUGGUCUCCUUUGUCGACCCAUAAUGCAUUGGGGCAGGGGGCUAAGGACUCAGUGAUCUGGUCUGGUUGCAGGCGGAGGGCAGUGUAAAAUAAUUAUUGUGUGUGAUGGGGGGGCCCUAGUUGCCUAAAAUGCUUUAAGCAACUCGCCCAUCUAAUGUAGGCAGGC